AUGAUAGUGCAGAGCCUGGGGACCGCCUCAUGUCUUACUGAUUUCUGCAGGCUCAAGACCCGUUCUUCUCCGGAGGAUCUGAUAGCAUUUCUGAACUCGCAGCUGAAGAUUAAGAAUGAGGCUGUUCGUGUGACCUCUUUGAAGCUGCUCAGAGCUAUUGUUGAUGCUGACUUGCCCGAGACAAGACCGAAAAAGUGUCUGAUUGUGAAGGCAGUGAAAUCCACUUUCAGUGAUCAGAAUGCUACGGUGAGGAAGGAAGUUCUUCAUUUCAUCCAGAGGCUGCUCAGCUUACAAAGUGUGGAGAACUGUGCAGCUUGGGAUAUGGUAGCACAUGUUUUCACGGAGUUCAGUGUGUCCACCAGCAAACUGGCUAUUCUGGAAGAAAACACGAUCCAAACCCUGUGCACUGACAUCCUGCAAUGUCUGGACACCUCGGUCACUGGAAUGACCCAAGUGUUAUGGCCAAGGCUUCUCGAAUAUGUGGUGCCAGCUCAGUACACUGGUACUUUGAAGCCUCUCUGCAGAUGCCUUAGGGAGCUGGCUGAGAAAAAGCAGCAGGAAGGAGAAGAAGCUGCUUGCCUCGACUACGGUGGACCAGUGAAACUCCCUACACCCCAGGGGCUGCUGGCACGACUCCUGGUAGUGGCCUCAUCCCCUUAUGCAGGAGAAGGACACGGAUGUGCUGCCUUGAAGUUACUACAGGCCCUGCACCAAAAUAUCCAUGUAGCAGUGGGUGAGAUGUGGGUAGUAAAGAUCCCAUCUCUGCUGCAGUACAUUGAAGGAAACACAGAGAAUUCCCUGGACCACGCGCGGUGGGAGCACAUGCUGCUUCAGUUCCUAAGAACAUCUCUGGCGAUGAUAGACGACAGUGCCUGGAGCAGCCAGAUAAGCCUUGAGUUGAACCAGCAGAUGGCCAGCUAUACCAGCCCCUCCCGUGAGAAGAGUUUCCUGUAUAAGGCGCUAGGAACGUCCUUAGCAGUUUGUCAGGACCUGGGCCACGUUAAAUCCCAGCUUCAUCAAUUUUUGAAAGCAACAGAUUAUAUGGAAGCCCCUGAGAGACAGGGAAUCAUUUCCAUCCUUGCACUCUCUGCUGAGAGCCACUUGGACCUCACCCUCAACGCACUUCAGGAGUUUGGGGCUGCAAUGAGCAAGGUUACGAUUCCUGGGUUCAUCAGCCGCCUGAAGGACUACCACCAUGGGAGAAGAGGCCAGACUCGCAGCACCCUGAUGCUGACCUACAGCAGCGUGGCUGUCCAUGCUCCAAAAGAGCAGCUUCUCUCCCGAGUAGAGGCAGACAUCACAAGGAACAUCCUUCUCCAUUACAGAGCCAGUUGUCAGGUGCUGGGCAUCACUGUUGCGAACAAGGACAUGAACCUAAAAUUAACCCUCAUCCAGAAUGUCAUGGAGAUUAGCUGUGCCAUCUUGGAGACCAGAGACUCCCAAGAGUUCGAAUUCUCAUACAAACUGGAGCUCCUUGGCUACAUGUUGGACUUCAUUAAACAGGAACCACUGGAUUCCCUGGCAUCUCCAGUUCGCUACCAGGCAGUUCUUGCCAUUGGACAUCUGAGCAAGCUCAAACCAUCUCUGACCCUGGAGGAAAACCGUGAGCUCCUUGGUCAGUGCUUCAAAAGUUUAUUUCCCCUUCCUCCCUUGGAGAAGAUGAAAGAGGAAGACGGGACAGCAAAGGAUGCUCUACAUAUACAAUCACUCUAUGUGAGGUCCUUGGAAGCCCUUGGCAAGCUAGUGGAGACUUUGCUGGAGGAAGAACCAACCGCAGACUGGUUCCAGGAAAUGUUUGAUCUCCUAAGGACAUGGUUCAGUUCGGGGAAGGAGUGGGAGAGAGAACGGGCCUUGCAGGCCAGCACCCAGCUGCUGACUGCCUAUCAAGAGGUAGUUCAUAGCACAACUCAGGAAACUUUUCAUCAGUUUGGAUCUCUGAUUGGAGCAAUAGCACCAUACAGCUGUGAUUCACUGGCCACGUCUCGUCAGUGGGUGGUUGACUGUAUCGGCUGCCUUCUCUGUAUACAAGGCCAGCCCAUGAACCUGGGGUCAGCGGAGGAGGAGCUGAGAUGUCUCCGUGACGAACUAACAGCAGCUCCGGACCCCGAGGCUCUGUUUCAGGCAUCUUCCAAAAUGGCCAGGGUUGUUAGUGAGUACUUUCCCCCAGAACAGGCCACAGCCUUUAUUGAGGCCACAGUGGAAAGUAUGCUGUCUGCCAGCCCCACCUGUGCCACGGCAGCUGGACUGUGGAUGAAGGUUAUACUGAAGGAGUGUGGAGAUGCCAUGCUCGAUAAGGUGCCAGCUAUUGUGGAUAUAAUAUAUAGCCACAUGGCUACUAUCCAGGAGGGCAGCUUGAGGCAAUUCCUGCUGGAGGCAGUGUCUAUUUUAGCUCACCAUCACCUAGAGGCAGUGAUCUCCAGCCUACUCAGCAACCAUCUGCCAAUGGACAGUUACACCAGUGAGCUGUGGAGAUCUCUGGGGGGAGACCCCUUGCUUGCCACUCAGGUCCUACAGGUCCUAAUAGAAAAAAUAAAGACGUCAACAAGCCAAGAAGAAAGCAUCACCUCAGAGACUGAAACUGACAGGCAUUUGGCAGCUGCUGAACCUCUCUCAGCAACAUGUGCCAUCUUUGAGGUGGUGUCAGCACAGCAGUCGAGCAAAGCUGUGCAGGAGCUGCUCCCAGAGUUGUUUCCUGUUCUCCUGCAGCAGGUCAGCCGAACCUCAGGACAAAAGAUGCCUUUGCCAAGGAUAAGCAGCUGGAGCCUAUUCCAAAAAGACCAACAACAUACUGAGGGCAACCCUUGCCGGUUUUCUGUCCAAGCAUUAGAAUCUGUGCUUUUCAAAGUUGGGAAUGAGAGACUGGUGAGAGUGCUCAGGACGCAGAAAACAUGGAUUCUGCUUGAAAACCCCCAGACUCACCAUGAGGGAGUGUGUCUGCUGGUGAGUGGUCUGCUAAGAUUUGGACUAAUAACACUUGAGAUCAUCCAGAGCCUCCUCCCCUGGGUGAAUUCCCCAAUGGAAAACUUCCGAAUCACCGGCACAGCUUUCCUUGCCCAGCUAAUGACUGAUCCCAUGCUCAGGGAGAAGAAGUUGCUUAAGAGUGUCUUGCGCAUCUUGGAAGAAAGGUCACAGGAUAGGAACAGCAUUGUCCGUCAGAUGGCUGUAAGAGGCCUGGGAAAUAUAGUCGAUGGGGCGCCUGUGAAGGUGAAAAAAUACAAGAAGUUUCUUCUGGACAUACUGAUCGGGGCCUUACAUGACGUUUUCAGUUCUGAAGUGAUUGGUGAGAGCAUGAAAGCACUGGCCAAAGUCCUGAAGGAGCUGAAAGAGAAGGACAUUGGUUCUUCCUUCAAAAACCUCACCGAACAGAUCCGGGCCUACUUUGACGAUGAGAAUGAUGGUCUUCGCUCAGUGGCCUUUGUCCUAUUUGGCAUCCUGGCUCAGUUGACAAAGAAAAAAUGGAAGGCCUAUUUCGCUGAGCAGGUUCGAAAGAGCUGGGUCAUACUUCUGCUGCACCUGCAAGACCCAAGCCCCGAGGUUUCAAUGGCAUGCAGAGCUACAUUUCACCUCUGUUUCCCGUUUUUGGGACUGAAGAGACUCCAACAUGCGAUCAAUAAGCACCUUGGUGGCAGAGCCGAGCUGAAGCCUGAAGAGCUCCAGGUGGACAUUUGCAGACACCUUGCCAAAGAAAAUGCAGAACUGCUGGAGAACUUGUAUAGCACAACCAUCGCGUCCUUCAGUAGCAGCUGGGAAGGGAUCCGGGCAGGUGCCGCCAACUUAGCUGGCAUCAUCCUGGAACACACAGACACUCAGCGUAUGAAAUGGCUGGACCUGGAACAUCUGCUGAUGUCUCUCCGGGUCCUAGAGAAAGACCCAAGUCCCACUGUCCAGCUGGUGGCAACUGAGCUCAUAAGUGACAUCUGUCCUGGCCGAGCGCUUGGCGAAUGAAGCAGAACGGAGACAAACAGAACAAGGCACUCCAGUGGUAUAAGGGCCCUACCAUCAAUCAAAUGUUAAUCCCACCCCUUGACCCCGGCAGCAAGAUGUGUCAUGUGACCCCUCUAAGGACUCCUCCCACUGCCAUCUACCGAUCAGGGUGGGUUUCGCCCCAAUAGGAAUGCCCCGAGGGAAGACUUGACCAAUCAAGGGGAGUUCCGGGGCAGGUGACCUGUCCUUUGUGUGACCCCUCUAAGAACUCCUCCCACUGCCAUCUACCGAUCAGGGUGGGUUUCAGCCACUGGGGAUCACUCCAAGAGGAGAUUUGACCAACUGGGGGGAAUUCUGGGGUGGGGUGACCCAUCCGGAAGUGCUUCAUGUGACCCUUCUAGGAACUCCUCUCACCACCCUUUACCAGUUGCGAUGGGUUUCAGCUACAGAGGACUGCCCCAAGAGGAGAGUUGACCAAAACAAGGUAGGUUCUCGGAAGGGGUGAACCUCCCAGAAGAGGGUUGUGUGACCCCUCUAAGAACUCCUUCCAAUGCCCUCUGCCAAUCAGAGUGCAGCACAUCACCUCAUAAGUCCCAGCGCUGGGCAGAGGAGGCCAUCUCUUACCAAGAAGACGUGUUUUAUGAAUUGUGGAAAGGCUGAGAGGAGACAUGGACUCCUUUACCACUCCCCUGAGAACUUCAGACUUUGUUUUAGCCCCGAGGACCUUUGGGCUUGUAUGGAUAAAGCGCUAUAGCAGUUACAGUUCCGAGGAGGGCCCUUUGACUCGACCAUUGAUAGAUACCUCAGGACCCGACCCCGAACCCUCGUGAAGAACCCCGAUGAGUGUGACGACCCCCCCCCCCAAAGUGGGAAGAUGAUCAUGGCUUGGGGGAGUCACUGGUGGACAAGGUGAACGGGAAAGACGUUGCUCAGGUAAAUGAAUGAUUAAGAAGCGAUGGUCGAUCAUGGGGGUAUAAUGGGGUUAGGAAUCAACUUGGCAUUGCAUAAAUCUAAGAACAAGCAGAGGGUUGCUUACACUGUUUUUUGUCUGAAAAUCUCUCAACAGUUCGACGAUGCCUUUCAAGAGGCCUUUGAGAACUUACACAUCGGUAGCCCUGUUGUGCAUCAGCUGUUUUUGCUCCUGUCUGAGAUGCGGAUCUCAAGAGGAAAAUCCGGAAAAGGACAAAAUAGAAGAAUGAACCAGCUCAGAGUCUUUCGUUGUAGGGGUCAUGGCGUCCAUUUUUACAGGUGGCUGUCAAAGGUUGUGUUAAACCAGGCAAUUAAUUAAACUUAUUUAAAUGUGUCCCUAUGACUGUAUCCCCUCCAUACUUGCGUUAGUAAAAGACGGUACCAGGAACAGUCCUGUCUCCACAGACAGCUCUGUUAAUGAAAAUAGAUUACAUCCCCAGGGAUGCUGGGAGCUUUGGUGGGGGAAUCCUCUUUUUGAGUGGCCAAAAAGCACAGUAAAACUUUUUAAAUAGAAGACAGGUAACAGCUUAGCUUUCAGAUCAGAUGCUUACACUUUACACAAACUGGCUCAAAUACAUUUUAAAAGAAACAAGACCAUUGUUUCAGAUGUGGACGCGCAAUGGCAGGAAGAUCUGGUAGAUGUGCACCGGUUCUCCAAACACAACAGAGGCUUUAAGACGUAUUAUCUGACUUUAUAAAGAGUGACAACCGGAGCUUUCACAGAACUAUACGUACCAGUCCUGCUGAUGUUAAUCCUUCACAUUCUCUGAAGAUAUGGAAAACAGUUUAUAGAGAUGGUUUUAAAAUAAAACCAGUUGUUGCCCCUUUUAGAAAAGGCGACCACGUGAGACUAUCUAAAGUCAAAGGAGCCUUUGAAAAAGGUUAUGAACAGACGUUUACUGAUGAGCUAUUUAUAGUGGAUGAAGCCUUAACCAGGAGCCAGAGACCUGUAUACUGAUUAAAAGAUUACGAGGGUGAGACAGUUACUGGAUCUUUUUGCCCUGAAGAAUUACAAAAAGUAAAUCCUAAACAAGACAGGAUUUACAGGAUUGAAAAAGUUCUAGCGGAUAAAGGAAAAGGGAGAAAACAGCUACUGAUGAAAUGGUUUGAGGAGGCGAUAAGUUUAACAGCUGGGUGGAAGCUUCUCAACUCUGUGACAUUUAGACGUGAACAAAACAAACAAACAAAAAGAUUCCUCCUGCAAAGACAGAGAGAGAGAAAAAUGAGCGACAGCGGGUUCUACAUUACGUUGCCCAGCAAUGCCAGCUCUGCAGUUUUUCCUCAGAACACCAGCUUGAGCUUUAUAAUAUGGCUAAUUAAGCCCUGGGAUAUCCAGAGAGCCUGGGAGGUGGGUUAGUGGAAAUACAAUACCCGCACAGCCGGAACACUAUCAAUGAAGACACCCCUUUUGAAAUCACCUUUGCAGGUGUGGCAUGGAGUUUAUCCUACAACGAGGUUAUUACUCGUCCAUACCUGAAUUAUUGGAUCAUAUGAACAGUACUGUGGUUCGUCAUCCCACACCGCCUGAGGUGGUCAUGAACUACGACCCUGGGGGUAGAAAAGUUAGUCUUAAAUCUGCCAAUUUUACUUGUAUGUUUUCUAUCAGCUAACAUUCUAGGUUUGGGCCCGAAGCAUAGAGUCCAAAAAUUCCCCUUCUCAGCAGACAUCACACGGCUUUUAAUUUCUUGCGUCUGUUCACAGAUAUUGUAGAACAUGAGUUUGUGGGGGACUUUUCUGUUCCCCUGUUACAUUGUCUCUCUGUCCGAGGAAGGAACAAUGAGUUUGUCACCAUCACCUACGAUAAACCUCAUUACGUUCCUGUCAGAAAACACCACAUCGAUACCAUUACCAUUGAAAUAAAGACAGAUCAGAACAGACACGUCUUGUAUUGCUUUGGCAAGGUGAUCAUCAAGGUGCACCUGUGUCCCCGGAGAGAGCGAGGUUUCUAAAAAGCAAAACAUUGGCGAUCCUAAAAAAUUACAGCGACCCCACCAUCUACAGGAACUAUUACAAAGCCCAGGUGGGAUAUGCCCUUCCUGGAUGUACGAGGCUGGCGUAGGUGGAAUAUUCCAUAACCAAGCCUCUGCAACCAGACUUCGAGGCAGAACACUGCAUGAGAGGAUACAUGAAUCUGGUACAGACAGCUGGUAAACACGUGAAAGAUCGUUCUCUGUUAAUCAACCGUGAGGUUACACCUUGUUUGCCUUUGACCUGUCUCCCAACCAGGAAUGCACCAAUCACUGUUCCCUGUUUAAAACCGGGAACCUGAGAGCAGAAAUACAUUUUGGGAUGGCUCUAACCAUCACCGUCAAUAUGAUCGUGUAUGGGGUUUUUGACAACAUCAUAGUGAUAAAUCAGAGGAGAAAUGUUCUGCUUGACUAUAUGUGAACAUGGACACCGUGCAGCUCUCACGUGUCUCAUCAAUGGCCCCUUACACAAAAAAGAAUUCCCUUAUGAUUGGCUCCCUGGCAGCAAGUUGUCUCAGAAACCCUUAGGUUUGGUGGUCAACACGCAUCCACAUAACCAACCCGGUGAACAUUGGCUCACCUUGUAUCUGGUGAAGUGUAACUGUGGAGAGCGAAUAGCGUGUUGUUUCCUAAAAGCAUUAUGAAAUUUUUAAACAAAAAUGCCACAGAUAAUGUGUUUCACAAUAGACAAUUAUAAGACCCCCACUCUGUCGCCUGCAGCUAUCACUGCAUGUUUUUCUUACAUCAUCGUAGCAAGGGUUUAUCUUAAAUUGUAUUCUAACGACUUAGUGCUAAACGACCGGAUGGUGAUGAAUUUUGUAAAACCUAAUUUAAAUUCUUGGGCAUAUCUAGCCUUGCUUAAAACAUGUUUCGGCAAGCCCAGACAUGUGUAUCUUGCAAUGAUUUUUAUAGCUAUGUUAUCCAAUACUCUCAGGCAUAACAGACAAUGUUUGUUUGGCAUUAUCCAACACAUUUUCCCAUAGUUGCUAGGCCCCGCAAGAAUUGCAGAAAAGGGGUGUUUCCACCUCAGAUCCAUUUUUAAAGCCAUAGGGCAGGGUUUUAAACCCUUCUCCUAGGACCUUCUUGGUGGAAACAAUUUUCUGUGUUUUUCUUAAGGGUUUUUGUCUUUAUUUGCCACUGAUUUUUGUUCCUUAUGAUAGAGGGCUGCUGAACCUCUAUCUUUUUGGAGGUGUUUUCUCACAGGCCCAUGCAAUAGUCCAGAACUAGAUCUUUCAAACUGUCCAAGUUGAUCUUUUCACAAUUUGCUACGUUCAGGGUAAUACCUUUUGACUUUCAUGCAGGCCUUUCUUCCCGAUAGCUUUUAUCUGUAUGUUUUCGGUCCUGCUGACACAAACUCGGUGAUGUGUUGAUCUGGCGGUGUCUUGCCUAAAUAAUUCCGCAGAGGAGGAUUCCAGUCACCCUCCCUUUUCACACAUAUCACCAAGUCAGUGUCAUGGUACAGGCACUGCUUUUGAAAUCUGUCUAGCAGUUUGUAUAGUUCUAUGCGGGCAUAAGCAGUGGUGAAACAGGCUAUGAAAACACUGGUAUUUCCAGAGACAGAGUACUGGUCUUUUGGGUCCUUUCAAGACACUCAUGCUGUUUCAUCGUCGAUAAACUUGCAGGAUGGAACCUUAUAGUUGGGGGAAAACAGGUACUGAGAGAGUUCGUCAGGGUCUCUCACACUGCUGGUAUUGGGUAGGUUUGUGGAGCAGAUGAUAUUAUCAUUAUUAUUAUUUAUUAUAAAUCACAUGAAACUGUCUUGUAAACUUAAAAAUAGAAAAAUACCCUAAUGAAUAUUUUAUUUAAAAAGUCAUAGCUUUAAAACAAAAUAAUCCAUUUCAGUCUGUAUAACGAACAGGAGUUUUGAGUUUGUUUCUACCAUUUAAAACAACAAACCCACAAACUUUUUUUUAAAUACACCUCAUUUUGCAAAAUAAAAACCAAACGGCUUUUAAAAUCAACUUUUAAAAUCCAGGUUAAAACACAUUUUGCACACUAAAAAACCAACACCCUCUUAGUUUGAAACACACCAUUACCAUCAGUUUGCAGCCAUAUACUUAAAAAAAAUCCCACCUAUGUUUUACAGAGAGAGAGAGAGUUUAAAAUACAGUUUGCAACAAAAUAGUUUUCAAUAAUCCCACACGCAUUUAAUAGCCAAUUGCAGAAAGUUACCUUCUACUACAGGAUAAAGUGUUGCAGGAACAUGCUUGUUCUGUCCCCCUCAAUGUGUGUUUGGGCCUUUGAAUUAAAGAACAAGCAAAAACUGUUAGUUAGUAUUAGUCCCAAAUCUCUAUACAACCUGUGUAGUACCUGACGUUAUUAAGCAAAACUACAGUUACAAUGGUUUUUACCUUGGCCUGGUGAUGAAAUGCAAUUUAAAGUUACUAGUUCCAUGCUAAACAGAUCACACUGCAAUAAACAUAGUCACCAUUAUUUACUAAGACAGCACGGCCAACGAGUGAUAUUAUACAAUAUAUAUUUUCAGAGUUGAAAACAGGGAGCAUACCUCCUCUUGCAGCCCAGCAGCCAUUCAAGAGAUUCUGUUGAAAAAAACAACCUCAGGUAUUUUGGAGACGUUCAUACCAUCCUAACCCUUUGUUUCAAAAGGACUUCAAAACAGUAGCGAGCAGGUUGAUUUGAUGGCUACAGCUCUGAAAUACUAGAGACUUAAGGACUUUAGGCCCCUUCCUAACAUUCCCUUUUGGGAGCUGGGGUGGGGGAAUUAAGCUGGCUGCACAACUCAGCUGCUUUUGGCUACAUUUUUUCUUUUAGUUAAAAUCCAUUUUUCUGCAGGGCCUUCUUACAGUACAGUAUUAAACAGUAAAUCCCCAAUCCUUAAUGUAACUGUCCCCCCCUCAGUCCCAAGUGGGGACCUUUUGCAGAUAUCAAUACAUCUCUUUGGGGCUUGUUUUUUAAAACAUUUCUUUCAUGCAUAUUAUUUGGGGUGGGGGUUGAAAUAAAAUGGUUGUAUCACAACCAUAAUAAGCCCUCCAGAGCUUUUAAAUGUUUGAUUGUCUUUAGAGCAAAUGCUUCUUCUAAAGCAUGUUGAAGGUUUGUGACCCCUUGAAACAUUUCAGUUUUGGUUUAGACCCUUGGGGGGGGGGGGCUUUGGUUUGUUUGUUGUAAAUAUAUUAAUUUAAACUUUUAAUGGCUUUGAAUUGACCCAUAGCAUCCAACCAACUCCCGAGUCAUAUUUAAACUGUCCAAUAGCAUCUGCAAAUUCCUGAAGUUUUAUUUCAUUUCAUAUUAAUCAGAACUCACCCACCCACCUCCCUUACCAUGGGUGCACACCAAUCAAAUUUAUCCCUAUGACAACAACGAUAAGUAGUCACAGUUAGCUUCGCUAUUCAGUGGGGGUGUGGUUAAAACCAUUCAGGUCAACAGGAUUAGUCAACUCUAUUGUACUCAAACACAUGUCUGAACCAUCCCUGUUUGUUUUACUGUUGUAAGCAGAGUCAGGAUGAGAUCUAUCCUGACAUUUGGUGGUGAGUUGUGGAAAAGAACGUCAGGGGUUGAUCUCGUUUGCACAGGCACACCCACCCCGCCUAGCAUGAGCCCACAGUAGCCCAAAUGAUCACUUUGGCUGCUGUGGGAACCCCAGUUUCUCUGUUACUGAGGCAGAAAGAAUAAAGUGUUGUUAUCCUGAUUAUGUGAAUCAAGGACAGUGGACCUGUACUUGGCCUUUUAUGGCAGAGGGACUCGCCAUCAACUAAGUAGCACUCGCUAGGCAGGGGACGUGGGUUCCAAAACUCAGCAAAUUGAGAAAGGCUGGGGAGAGGUAUUUGUACCUGGUGAGCCCCAGACACUAAUUCUAUCUCUUCUUCCUGUCUCCACUGUGAAAUGUUAGUGCUAAUUUUGAUUCCAUGCAGAGUCUGAUUACAGACUGCAGAGCUGAAUUCACUUUGGGCUAAUGGUGAACCAGCACUGAGUCCUCCCUACUACUUAACACAGUAAGUGGUGAUUUUAGCUUGUAGUAGGGGAGCCUCAGUGCCCCACUGGCUGAGGGCUUGAGCCAGUUUUGCAUUGUGUUAUUGGAAUGGAGUUCCUAGCAACUGAACGCAGCUCUUGUUGCUGCCAACUCUGAUGGGCAGAAUGGUUACACUAUAAACACAUUUUUAGGAUUUUUCUCCUCCCACAACAUACAUUUCAGCUUUUUGCUGUAAAUGGGUCUUUUUUACACAAAACCACAAAAGUUAGAUUCUCACAAACCAUUUUUUUUAUUUAAAAGACAUACAGCUCCUUGAAAACAAACCAAGAGGCUCCAUUAAAACUUUUAGCUCACUUAAGGGCCAGAGACCUUCUAACAGAAAUGCAGAUAGUCACAAAGCCCUUUUCAAUAGAUGGUUUUUAAAUUUACAUAUUUAAAUUGACAAAUUUACAUAUAAAGUUGAAGUCUAAAUCACACAGUCAUGGUGCCGUUGGGCUGGGGCAUCUAUGACAUAGCCCUCAUAAUCUUCAAAAAGCUUUUCCCUAAGACAGUUAUUAAGAACAGCAUAAAUAGCAAUGCAUACAAUAGUCCACAUAAAUUUUUACACUCACAAUGUGGCACUGGCUCAGCGAGUUCCAUGCCAAACCUUCUCUUAAACUCCUUAUAACCUUCAUCCUCGAAGUCCUCUUCAACAAUUUUUAGCGGCGUUCAGCAAAAACAAGGCGGGCCCGGUUCAUCUUUGCUGCUUGAUGCAACGUUGUCCAGGGCCUCCGGGUCCUCUAGAAAGGCAUCAUCGAGCUGUCUCAGACAAGAAACAAGUGUAAGUUCUCACUGCUUGUUUUUUACAUUUACACAACCCCAGGUUCCUAACCUCAUUACACCUCAUCAUCAACUGUCGCUUCUUAAUCAUUCAUUUACCUGAGCGAUGUCUUUUCCAUUCAGCUUGUCCGCCGGUAACUCCCCCAAGCAAUGAUCGCCUUCCUCCUCCAGGGUGGUGGACAACGAGAGGCCACCAUGCUCAUUGGUGUGUCUCAUGAAUGGUUGGGCUUUGGGUUCAGGUUCUGGCGUAUCCAUCAAUGGCUGGGCCAAAGGAAUCCCCUUGGCUGUUCCCUCAUCCUCUUCGGAACUGUUGCUGCUGUAGCACUUUCUCCACACAAGUCCAAAGGUUCGCGGGGCUAAAACAAAGUCUGAAGUUCUCAGGGGGGUGGUAAAGGAGUCCACGUUUCCUCUCAGCCUUUCCACAAUUUCUGAAACAUGUCGUCUUGGUAAGAGAGAGCCUCCUCUGUCCAGCUCUGGGACUUGUGCGGUGAUGGUGCGGCACUCUGAUUGGCAGAGGGCAUUGGGAGGAGUUCUUAGAGGGGUCACACAACCCUCUUCUGGGUGGUCACCCCAUCCCAGAACCUGCCCUGUUUUGGUCAAAUCUCCUUUCAGGGCAGUCCUCUGCAGCCGAAACCCAUCGCGACUGGUAGAGGGUGGUGGGACGAGUUCUUAGAGGGGUCACACGAACCACUUCUGGAUGGUCACCCAGCCCCAGAAUUCCCCCCAAUUGGUCUAAUCUCCUCUCAGGGUGCUCUCUAGUGGCUGAAGCCCCUCCUGAUUGGUAGAGGGCAGUGGGAGAAGUUCUUAGAGGGGUCACACAAACCCCGGAACUCCCCCUGGUUGGUUAAAUCUUCUCUCGGGGCGUUCCUAUCGGGGCAAAAUCUAUCCUGAUUGGUAUAGUGGAAGGAGUUCUUAGAGGGGUCACAUGACACACCUUGCUUCCGGUCAUGUGUCCGCCUUGACGCCCAGAAGUAAUACCCCCAUGCGGUGAGGCUUCUGAUGACCAGUGGGCAGGGCUUAUUGGGUCAAGAGGUGGGGUUAAGUUUUGAUUGACAGUAGGGCCCUUAUACUCCUCGCUCCCGCUACCCAAAAUUGGAAGAAGACAGAGACAACUAUAAUCCUGGGCAGUAUUCGCCGUUGUCCUACUGCUCAGAUGCUGUAAGUGAGAGAAGGAUCAGGCCCUGUAAAGUAGCCUGGGUUGAUUUUUAUUACUCAAAGCGUUUUUAUUACACAUCAGGACAUCUAGUCAUUCUGAUGGACAUGCAGCCUCUGGACAAGCUCAUUGAUAAGCAUGUACAUUAUACUGCUUGCUCAGGGGUCAUUGCUAUAGUAACAGCCAAGUACUGGCCCAGAUCCUCAAAUACACCUGAGCUCUAGACUCUGGGCUGUUCUAAAUUACGCUGUCUUGUAACAGCCAUUGCUACACUGGAGAUAGCUGUAGCACAACGCACACUGUGUGUGCCAUCUUCUGUUCCCAGCUCACACCCCAUAUACUUGGGUAGGAAGCUAGGAGUUGGUGACAUACAGCCAGCUACACGGGCUGUGAACUCUCUGUGCUGGUUCUCUGGGUGUUAGGGAUUUGCACAUGCUGGGGAAUUCCUAGCUGCCUCUUAGGGCAGCUUUAUGGCUACUUUGCCCUGCUCCACUGCAACAUAGGGCAGCAAAAGGGUGACUUUACAACUAACCCCACCCCUAUUGAUGCACCUACCCGUGGUUGUUAGGAGUCUGAGUUCAGGAAUCCGGGUUUGGAAAACCCACUCCCCUGGCAUAAAGUUGUCUAAUGGCAACCAAAGGCCAAAUAUGCCUUUAAACAUCAGUCCCCUUGUUUUUCAAAUAUCUAUUUGAAACACCACAAAGCUGAUAGAGAUUUAAGUGCCCUAAUCAGCACCUCUGCAGGUGGCUAUAAUGGGUAUUUAGGCUUCUACCUGCAGAUUUUAGUGCUUAACUUUAGUCACCCAAGGCCUUUGUAUUUGUCUUGCCCAAGCCUAUGAGUUGCUGAGUGUUCUCAAACUCCCACUGAUGUUAUUGGGAGAUAAGGAUGCUCUGCCCUUCAGAGAAGGCGCUCAGCAGAUAUAACUCAUCCUCCAAAGUUAGCUACUAUGAUCCUUCACCUCAUAUCAAAAGGUCACUGAAUGGUCAGGUUUCUAGUCUCCAUCACCACCUCAUUCCCCAGUUUACUGUCCCCUUGGGUGCAGGGCUUGUGAGGAUUCACCAGGCAGCAGUUAGCAUAGGAGGGCGAAAGGCAGAGGGAGUCUGGGAUGUUAUUGCUUAUACUUCUCAAUGGGGAGACAAUGUUCCUGUAACAGUUGAAUAUUGGAAGGAAAUCAAUAGAGAGCCCUGUUGAAUUGACACAUUCUGCUAAUUCAAAAGUGACUAUAUUAAGUAAUAUGGGUUCCCCUAAUCUUGUAGUGUUUCCUGUUUUGGUGAUUGUUUUCUAUACCGUAUCCAGCAGCUUAUUCCCUGUCCAUGUUUUCAUACUGUUAUUCCCUAGUAUUCUGCACUCUGUUUAUGUGUAUUAAGGGGCACUGGACAAAUACUGAUGACUCUUCACAUUUCUU